UGAUGAGGGCAUCGUCUCGUCGACAUCGAGCGAGGUGAACCGCUGACGACGCCGCAGUGAUGCCUCCAUUUAAAGAUGAGCAUGUGCUCGUAGGUACUUUCUGUGCGCUUGCGCCUGCACUUGGCUGAUUUUGAACACAGAUCAUUGCUCCGGGCUCGUAUAUCACCUCGGCGCAACUAGGUCUGCCCGAGUCGUUCACUCCUCCCCGCUACCGAUUUCCCAGUCGUAUGUUUCCAGGCGCAAAUCCUGGAGAAUGGGAACCCACCAAAAUUCGAUCAAAACUCACAACCAAGAGGAAGGAGGCCCCGCAACAACCACAAUCUACCCAGAAUGGGGAGACGAAAGUUCAGCGACCUGCAGCUGAGCAGACGCAAGACCUACUACCUACGACUGAGCAGCCUGUCGCAUCUUCAGUAGAGGUCGAUCAACCGCAAACUAAGAGCGAUGAGACCUCUGGUCAAACAGUUACGGAGAAGGCUGAAUCUCAAGACGGUCAAAGCGACGCUGUUCCUCCUGUCGAAGCCGAACCACCAAAACCCGAACAGCCUUCUGAAGCCGUCCCUUCAGCCGAUGUGGAAAUGGUAGAGGCGCCAGCGGAAGCGAAAGAUUCAUUACCCGAAGCUCCAAAGCCAGACACUGACAUGGCUGAAGCACCAUCCCAAGAAGAACCCAAACAAGAAACCCCUUCCGCACAAGAAGCAAUAGAAGCUGCAGCGUCCGAACCAGAUACGGAUAUGAAAGAGGCAGCAGAAGAGGUGGAGGAAGAGACGAUUGAGCAUGAAGACGACCCCUAUGCUACGGAAGGUGCCGUCUAUCCCAUCGUCGAGGGUCGCAUUGAGAAUUGGCCUUGCUUCUUCGCACUCCUCUCGCAUAUCUACAAUAUGGUGUCUCCUCCUUUCCACAGCCCCGUUUUAUUCGUCUCACAACCUUGCUGGUCCGCAAGGGAUAAUGAGAUGAUCACUCAGUUUGUUUUUGAGAACUGGAAAAUCCCUGCCUUUUGCCUCAUGGACGCUGCUCUUACCGGAACCUAUGCCUAUGGUAUCCCAACCGGACUUGUCGUUGACAUUGGCUACGAAAAGUGCGACGUAACUGCCGUGACGGAAUUCCAGGUCAACGACAUUGGCCGGGGAGCAGGCCUGCGUGGUUGCGGUGGACAGACUAUGACUAAAAGGUUACAGCAAGUGCUAGAGAAAAAGGGCUUCACAGAAGACAUGGCGGAGCAGCUAAAGAAGAACCCCAUAUGCGAGAUCCUUCCUGCAGGAGUAGCCUACCCGACCGCGUCGCCAAGUGCCCCAGCUCCUAACCCAGCAGCUGCAGCUUCCACGGGUGCAUUAGACUCCGGAUCGAAUGCCAAGGAUGAGGACGGGUUAAGACCUGGCCAGGCGCCCCGUGGUCCCGGAACAGGCACCGUAGUGGGUGAAGAGGGAGGUAAUGGCGAGGACGAUGAUAAUGAAGGUGUGCUUGACGUGGCCGCGAUUGUGGCCCGUGAUAAUGCCGCGGAGCUUCUGGCAAAGCGUGAGAAGGAGAGAGCCGAAAAAGCGGCCGCAGCGAAGAAAGGGGCCGCUGCAGAAGCACCAAAACAAAUGCGCCUGAGAAAUUCUGAGAGGGAACGUGCAACAUUCACCUAUAUCGAGUACCUACCACGCGAUGAUUCCGACAAUGUCGAACCCGUUAGUCGGCGGAAGAAGCGUGAAGUCGAGGUUGGAAUUGAAAGAUUCAUGGCUGCAACGCCUCUUGCUGGAUAUGCAGAAGGUUUGAUUGACACGAUCGCAGAGGCAAUUCACCACGCCGUUCUGAGUGUACCUGAUAUUGCUAUGAGAUCGGCACUGUGGGACAAUGUGAUUGUGGUUGGAAAUGGUAGCCGUGUCAGAGGUUUCACAUCCAGUCUGGUCUCGAUACUCAAUUCACGUUACGUCCUAUCUCCUUCUACUGCCACCAUAUUCACUUCGGAACUACCAUCAAAUUUCACCACACCGGUAGCCACCCCAGGUACUAAUACACCAAUACCGGGACAAGUUGGCCAGCAACUCCAUCACCCCGGCGGCGGUGUCAACCCAUUGCUGGUUGCAGCGACCAAGAACAUGAUGCAGCCGAAUCAACAUCUCCAGAUUCCAGGACAAUUACCACCUGGCCAGGAUCAAGGUAUGGGUUAUCAUCAUCGCGGCUUCAGCCAAUCGCCCACGUCUGUCAAGACAGUCAAGAUGCCAGAAUACUUUCCUGAAUGGAAGGAUCCUCACGUUAGUGGCAUGGAAGAGGCGGCAUUCUUGGGCGCUCAGGUCGCGGCCAAGGUUGUUUUCAUCGUAGAUCAAGGAAACAGCAAGGGAUUUCUCACUAGGACUGAGUAUAAUGACCUUGGCCCGGCGGGAAUUCAUGAGUGUGCUUUAUGAUGACGGGUUGUACAUGGGAGUUUAUGAAGGCUCUAGAAGCGUGGGUUUUGUGUCUUGCAAGAUAUCCCACGACUGGGUAGAUAUGCCUUUUGGCAGGCGGCGAGCAUGAGAAGGAACAGCGCAAGGAUUUUACCCUGUAUCAGUAUUUUCACUAUUGAAGGUUCGACCUUGAGUAGUCAGACUCUAGGUUGUCAUCACCGGGGGGGGGGAUUCUCUGCUUAUGGAGUGGUGGAGUAUAAAUAGAUAUUCAGGUGGAGAGUUCCAGACCGCGUUGGGUUGAGCAUGGUGUUGUUGUUAUUGCUGUAGGGUUACACAAAAAACAUUGAUUUAGAGAGG